UCAACAUAUUAUACAGUUUUCCCACUAUCUAGUUGUCAUAGCAAGCUGUUUAGGAAGGUGCCUCAAUUACUUUUAUAAUCUUUGGAGAGAGUCAGGCCAACAUUCAGUAUCCAUUUGGUGUUUUUAUAAACUGUUGAAUCUAAAGGAGUCAAAGACAAACUCCCAUAAUGUCUAUAUUUCGGAGCGAAGAGAUGACAUUAUGUCAACUGUUUUUACAGUCUGAAGCAGCCUACCCAGUUGUCUCUGAAUUAGGAGAACUUGGUAUGGUUCAAUUUCGUGAUCUUAAUCCAGAUGUUAAUGCUUUCCAGAGAAAAUUUGUUAGUGAAGUCAGGAGGUGUGAGGAAAUGGAAAGGAAAAUGAGGUAUAUUGAAAAGGAAAUGACCAUCGACGGAAUAAAAAUGGAUGUCAGUGGUGUGACACCAAAAGCUCCUCCGCCUAAAGAGAUGGUUGACUUAGAGGCUUCAUUAGAAAAAAUGGAAUCCGAACUAAGGGAAGUAAAAGUAAACGAGGUUGCUCUCAAGAAAAAUUACUUGGAUUUAGCUGAACUGAAAGAAGUUUUGACAAAGGUUCAAGGUUUUUUUGCUGCACAUGCUCAGGAGCCUCAAACAUACAUGGAAGAUCAUUAUUCUGUGAUACCUGAUAACUCAGCCAUGACUUCUGGAACCUCAGCUGUUCAACUUGGGUUCAUAACUGGAGUUAUAAAACGAGAGAAAGUUCCAGCUUUUGAGAGACUGAUGUGGUUUGCAUGCAGAGGCAAUGUCUUCCCUCGUUUUGAUGAAAUAAAAGACCCUCUCAUUGACCCAGUUACAGGUGAUGAAAUUAGGAAAAAUGUUUUCAUCGUGUUUUAUCAAGGAGAACAGUUGAAGAACAGAGUUCGUAAAAUCUGUGAAGGUUUUCAUGCCAAUGUUUACCCAUGUCCUGACACUGCUCAAGAUCGCCAAGAAACUCUCACGGGAGUCACAAAUCGUUUGCUAGACUUAAAUAUUGUUCUUGCACAAACUAAAGAGCAUCGAAUCCGUGUUUUGACAAAUGCCAAGAAAGAGCUUUAUGUGUGGCGGACCAAAGUGGAGAAGAUCAAAGCAAUCUACCACACCUUGAACAUGUUUAAUUUUGAUGUUUCUCAUAACAGUCUCAUUGCUGAAGGUUGGACUCCAGUGAUUGCCUUAGAGAAAGUUCAAGCUGCCUUAGAACAUGGCAAAGAAGUAAGCAGUAGUCAUGCUCCAAAUAUUUUGCAUCGAAUGCAAACAAUUGAGAACCCUCCAACCUACAUACAAAACAAUAAAUUCACCAGUGGUUUUCAAGCAAUUGUUGAUGCAUAUGGUAUUGCAGAUUAUGGAGAAGUGAAUCCAGCUCUGUAUACUGUGAUCACUUUUCCGUUUUUGUUUGGAGUAAUGUUUGGUGAUACUGGUCAUGGUUUUCUUCUGUUUCUCUUUGGUCUGACACUGGUUCUCUUAGAAAAUAAAUUGUCUGGAAAAGGUGACAACGAAAUAUUCAACACCUUCUUUGGAGGUCGUUACAUUAUAAUGUUGAUGGGAUUGUUUGCUAUGUACACUGGACUAAUCUAUAAUGAUUGCUAUUCUAAAUCUUUCAAUAUAUUUGGUACAUCUUGGCAUUCUUCAUAUAGUAAUUCAACAAUGGCACAGAACACUCUACUCCAGUUUGAUCCAAAUAACACAUUUGCUACAGGAGAGCCUUAUCCAUUUGGUUUAGAUCCUAUUUGGCAAAUGACUAAAAACAAACUGUCAUUUACAAAUUCAUACAAAAUGAAGAUGUCUGUGGUAAUUGCUGUUAUUCACAUGCUGUUUGGUGUUUUCCUCAGUUUGAUAAAUAAUCUAUAUUUUGCAAGACCAUUGAACAUAUUUUGUGAAUUUAUUCCACAAGUCAUUUUCCUCCUCUCUAUUUUUGGCUACCUUGAUAUAUUGAUUUUUUACAAAUGGAUUGCCUUUAGUGUUCAAAAUUUAGCACAAGCUCAAUCAUUGCUUCUCCAGCUCAUCAGUAUGUUUCUAUUUGAAUCCAAAUCCAAUGAAUUAUAUAAACAUCAAACAAAUAUACAGACCAUUUUGGUGGUACUUGCAUUCAUAUGUGUUCCAUGGAUGUUAUUGAUAAAGCCAUUUAUAAUAUGGUUUAAACAUCAGUCUGCAAUGAAGAGAAGACAAUUACCAACUGCCUCUUCACAACGAGGUCUCGUGAACUGUGAUGAUGAUGCAGCAGGCAACUAUGUUAUAAAUGUUGAUGAACAAGUAGAAGUCUCUUCUGAGUCAGUACAUUCACAGAGUGAACUUCCCGAGUUCAAUUUUGGUGAUAUAUUUGUACAUCAAUGUAUACACACAAUUGAGUACUGUUUAGGCUGUAUUUCAAAUACUGCAUCAUAUCUUCGACUCUGGGCUUUAAGUUUGGCUCAUGCAGAGUUAUCUGAAGUAUUAUGGAACAUGGUGAUGAGAAUUGGUCUUUCAAUGAAUGUUGGAUAUCUUGGUUGUAUUAUCAUCUUUGCUGUGUUCUUUUUUUGGGCAAUUCUCACCAUAGCUAUAUUACUUAUUAUGGAAGGUCUUUCAGCUUUUCUCCAUGCUCUUAGGUUACACUGGGUUGAAUUUCAGAAUAAAUUUUAUGCUGGAAAUGGAUACAAUUUCCAACCAUUUGAUUUUCAGCAUUGCAUCAACCUUCCUUUUGAAGAUUAACAUGAAAAAUUUAAGUAAAUUAUGAAACUGCAAGUGCCUUCUCUAGUUUGCUUUCAUUAUUAGACCUGGCUUGUCUGCUGAACGAAAUGACAUGUUAACAUGGCUUCCUUUUUCAACACAAACAUAUAAGAAAUUGAAUUGCAUAAUUACGUAAUAAAAAAAUAAUUUUACUGGUUUUUGUAAGAGCUUCUUUAUCACAAAGAUUAUAUUUUAGUUUAAAAAACAACAAAAGAUAACAAAAACAAGACGAUCAAAAUAAAAUGUAAUCAAGAAAAUAAUUCAAUUGCAAUUUUAAAUUGUUUUUCCAGCACUUCAUAAAAGUUUAGUUUCUUAAACAUUUUUACUGUUUUGUUCAAAUAUAUUACAUUUGUGUGCCUGCCAUUUAGAGGAGAGAACUUGUCUAACAGAUUAACAUGGUUACCUCAUGGAAAAGGACUAGCUAAAGUAAAUUUUAAGUUCAAACUGAAUUUUGCUUCUUUUAUGAAAUAUUAUUUUGAUCUUGUACCUUUGAUAACUUCUUAAAAUGAUGCUCAUUCGAAUUCAAAUGUUUCCUAACUUUUAAUCUUUUCUAUGCCAAUAAAAUAUUUGCUCUAAAGUGCAAGAGUUGAACAUCAUCAAGAAUACUAUACUUUUUUUAAUAUACAAAAAUUACAAUAAGCCAUGAAAUGUAACUGGUCAACUGAAAGUUUGUCACUGUCAAACUUAAACUGAGCUAUUACUGAUGUCAAAUACUUUAAAAAAUAAAAGCUAUUUUUAUACUUCA